AUGACGCCAGCUACCAAGACGGACUCGCUCUUCCAGUGGAUUGAAGAAUGCGAACACAAGCAUUUGAAAGUUUUCAACUCUUCAUGGGGACGUGUUCUAGACUCUGGUACAGGCCGUCAUUCUCUUACGUGGCUACUACAUGGUGCAGCUUCUCAUCUCAUUCGAGAAGUCGUUGCUGUGACGGGGGAAAACCCUUUGGCCGCUGACCUUACGGCCGAAUUUGGCUCCAGUACGACACCAUUACUUCAACUUCAGGUUGGGAACUGGCAAAAUGACGAUUUUUUGACCAAUGAAAAAUCGUUUGACGUCAUUAUUGCUGACUAUUUGAUUGGGGCUAUUGAAGGCUUUGCACCAUAUUACCAAGACCAGAUAUGUACACGUCUGGAAAAACUGUUGGUUCCAGGAGGAAGGAUUUAUUUGGUGGGAUUGCAGCCGUGGAGUGAAUCUCAAGCUCCAGCAAGUGCCAGUGAUCAAGAUAUUAAGGCUGAGAAACUAAUUCAGGAAGUGGCACGUACACGUGACGCUUGUCUGCUAUUAGCAGGACGUCGGUGUUAUCGGGAGUAUCCGAUUGACUGGUCGCAACGUCAGCUUGAGAAAGCGGGGAUGAAAGUCACCAAUAGUGUUCGACUUACCAAUGUGUAUGGACGGUCUGCUAUCACCCGUCAAUUGGACGUGGGAAGACGUCACAUACCGUUGUUUAAGGACAGUGAACUGGCGAACAACAUGAUUGAAGCAUUAAAUCGUAUAGACGAGCGUCUUGAAGAAGAAUUCGGGUCUAAAAAACUUCCCAAGAAGAAGCAACACAGGAUACGUUUUGGAUUUGACUAUGUUCUAGCUGCUUGCAAGUCUUUCGAAGCUCAAGACGAGUUAAUCGAAGUCGCGUAG